CCACUACCUGGGAGAAGAAGAAAAAAAGCAACAUCUCCAAACACCCCCACGGGCUCCCGCCUAAGCCGCCGCCUGAGGAGAACAGAAAACACUACACCCCCCAGCAUCCUCCGCGGCCCUUUCCUCUGAGGCGGCCCCUCAGCAGCGGUCCGGCACCGCCGGCGCCUUUCCCAUGGCCGAGAGUGGAGACGGCGGCGAUGGCGGCUCGCCGAGCCCGGAGCCUGCGGCGAGCCCCGGCCCUCCUGGCCGGCCUUCUCCUCCUCCGGCGGCCGCGCUGCCCCUGCCCCGCCUGGAGAAGCCGCUGCGGCAGGCCUUCUAUAACACGGGCGCGCUGGUGCUGGCGGGGCUGUGCUGCGCCGCCGCGGUGCUGGUCUACUUCAUCCUGGAGGCCUUCCUGCGGCCGCUGCUGUGGGCCGCGCUGUGCGGCACCUUCCUGCACCCCUUCAAGAGCUCCCUCACGGCGCUGGGCCGGGCGUGGUUGCGCCGCCUGCGCCGCUCCGGGGCGCCCGUGCUGCCCGCCGCGCUGCUGCUGCCGCUCUGCUUUGCCAACGCCGCCGCCGAGGCGCUGGGCAGGCAGUUGCUCCGCCGGAGGAGGCUCCUGGUGCUGCUGGGCGCGGGCGGGCCGGCGCUCUACGGCUGCUACGCGCUCGGAGCCUCGCUCGGAGCCCGCGCCGCGCUGGCCCAAGCCGCGGGGGUCAUCGGCGCCGGGCUGGACUGCUUCAGCAGCCUCUGGAUAUGGACCUUGAUAGCAGGCUAUCUAUUGACUGUAUUAUUCAAGUGGAACCCAAGCACUGAACGUUACUUGAGAACAAUCUCUGUUCCUGUCUGGAUUCUACUGCUCUUCCAUUUGGCUUCGGCAGCAGGUUCUUGGAAGAUUCCAGUGUUUUUGGUUAUAGUUGUCUUAAUGACUGUGGGUAUGUUGCACGAGCACCCGAGUGGGAAAGAGUCUUCAGGGGUAGAGCUUCCUGGUCAGAUGGUUUCUAUUGCAGCAUCUACAAUAGCCAUGGCAAUAUCAAUUACAGGAUUUGAAUCGAGUAAUGAGGAACAUUCACCGCAAUCCUCAGGAACCACAGAAAGUAGUGACACAUCUUCUCAAUCCACUGUGAGUGGCAGACAGAGACCUGAGAUCGGAACACUUCUUAAAAAGAAGAAAACAAGUGAUAUCUACUUCGUUCUGCUUGCAUGGGCCAUUGUAAUAGUUCAGAUAUGGUUGAAUCUCUGGAUAAUACAGCUGCUGCCAGUACCUGUUGCAGUGUGGGUUAUCAAAAAACUUGUGGUCCACUUUGGAGUAGUGAAAUUUCUGGUGAGUCACUGCAGUGUCUGGUGGCAUGUCCUUGAAGAUUUUGUGAGAGAACGUCAAGAAGCUCUUGCACCACGACCAAUCAAGGGCCUCGGAAGAGUCAUUCUAAAGCUAGACAGUAAGAUGAUCGUGUGGCUGGAAAAAAUGCUAGAUAAAAUCAUUAGCAUUUUCAUUAUAUUUGUGCUAGUGAUAGGCACCCUUCUGCUAGCUCUGCUCCUUACAGCAAAGGUGCACCAAGAAAGCGUACAUAUGAUUGAAGUCACAAGCAGCUUGAUCAAUGAAACUGUAGCCAAUCAUCCCGAAUGGGCCAACUGGCUUCCUGAAGCUCAGGUUUUUCAAAAGGCUUUGAAUUCAGCUGCCAAUAAUGUCUAUCAGUAUGGCCGAGAAUGGAUAACACAUAAGCUCCACAAAAUAUUAGGAGACAAAGUGAACAAUACCGCUGUGAUUGAAAAACAAGUUCUGGAGCUCUGGGACAGACUAUAUCAUUCAUGGUUUGUGAAAAAUGUAACUCAUUCAGGAAGACACAAAGGACAUAAGCAACAUUUAAACCGUCAAAACAGCUGGCCAGGUGACAUGCUUGAUUGGCAAGAUGUUGCCUCCUUUAUUCAUGAGAACAUUGAGACAUUUCUUUCGAUCCUGGAAUCCCUCUGGAUAGUUAUGAGUCACAAUGUGAGCCUCCUUUUCACCACAGUUACAACUUUAGUAACUGUUCUCUUUUACAGUGGCACUGCUCUUCUCAAUUUUGUGCUUUCGCUGGUGAUUUUCCUGACCACAUUGUUCUACCUUUUAAGUUCCAGUGAUGAAUACUACAAGCCAGUGAAGUGGGUGAUCAACUUGACUCCUUUGUCACAGCCUGGCCCUUCCUCCAAUAUAGUUGGCCAGUCUGUGGAAGAGGCCAUAAGAGGUGUGUUUGAUGCAUCCCUCAAAAUGGCUGGGUUCUAUGGACUGUACACCUGGCUGACUCAUACUGUAUUUGGAAUUAACAUUGUCUUCAUACCAUCAGCGCUGGCUGCACUUCUUGGAGUUGUUCCAUUUCUAGGAACAUACUGGGCAGCCAUACCUGCCGUUCUAGACCUCUGGCUUGUACAAGGAGAAGGAUGCAAAGCUGUGCUUCUCUUGGUUUGCCAUCUGCUGCCAACAUAUUUUGUAGACACAGCAAUCUAUUCAGAUAUAUCCGGAGGCGGCCACCCCUACUUGACGGGCCUUGCAGUAGCUGGGGGAGCAUAUUACCUAGGAGUGGAAGGAGCCAUCAUAGGACCCAUACUUCUCUGCACACUUGUGGUUGCUUCCAAUAUCUACAGUGCGAUGCUUGUGAGCCCCACAAGUACAUUGCCCACGCCAUCACAGAUGCCUUGGCCUUUGCAGAUAUACCGGUCUUCUAGAGAAAAUCCUGAGGAACAGAAAACUGCCACGGAAUGACACAUGGAGUAUUUUAUCUCUUCUUUAGGAAGAACUCCUCUUAUGUGAGCAUUGAGCUCAGGAGAGUCGUGGCCUUUGACCCCUUGUCCAGCUGUGCCUCCUGACAGCUUCCACUGGUGCAGCAUUCCCUGUUGAGCAUACCUGUUGACACACGUUGCCUUAGGUCACGUACAUUUCCUUUGUAAGUGGAGGUGCCUGCUGCCUGUUGUUUGCUUACUACACAGACCUGGGGUUUGGGUGCCUAGUUUGCCAAAUAAUUCCUCUUAAAAAACCAUACCUUGCAUCAAGUUUUGUUGACUUGAUUCUUGGUCGGAGCCUGUUGUAAAUUCAAAUUUGAUAUUAAUAUAUAUUUUUUGCUUCCUUGCAUAAUUAGAUUCUAGGUAUUCAGUUCCCACAGCUUUUGCUCUUAGAAUAUUCUUGUCUCAAGGAGGUAUAGCUAUUAAACCAUUAAAGUCUAGCAUCUGCUAAAAGUUAAGUAUAAUUUUGUGCUGCUUUGCGAAGGAUGCCUUAUUGCAACUUCAUAGUCACCUUUUAAUCAACAAUAUUUAGACAAUAAGACAGCAAUAUUAGUCUUGUCAGGUUGCAAUCUCACUUGUGGCUAUAUAAAAGACUUACAGAAUUCUUUGUAGUAUGGCUUGGGGAAGGUGGUUGUUUAAACAGCUUUGCAACUAAAAAAUUCAUCUAAUCUCAGUUAAAGCAAAUUUAUCUACUGAUGAAGCAUAAUCGGUGCACUAAAGUAAAAACAGACAAUGUACUCAAAAUAAUUUGUGCAAAUGUAUGAAGGUGCUUUGGUAUUUUCUAGGAAAUGUAGCACUGGAUUAAUAUAUCUAGCUCUUACUAGUGAUGAGAAUAGGUUGUUCUUUACAUUGUAUUUUUAACGGUAUUAACAGAGUAAUGAAUCAGGGUGGAAAGAGAAAUCUGUUCUAUAGAUUCUCUGGGUAUGUUUCUGAGGAAUGUGACUGUCAGCAUAGAGGGGUUUUUUAUUAAAAAAAUGUCCAUGAGCUUAAGCGUAUAGGACAGGAAUGUUCCAUGCUGGCUAAAGGUUUUUGACUUGAAAUAGUGAUUUGUUAGCACCAAAGAAAAUAAUUGUGAUUUGGUGGUUAAGAGGUGACAAGCUAAAGACACUCAAAAAUACUUGUUUAAUGAAUGGAUUAAGACAAAGCACUUUUAAUGGUUAUACUUAAAACAAGGUAAAACCAUAAUAUCAAAGUGUCUGCUUCCACGUUUAGUCUUGGGUCCCUAAACUAGUGCACCUACCGCAUGCAUUUCACAUCCAUAUAGCUUCCAGUACAUGAAAUUUGUCAUCAUCAUACUAUCUAGUAACUAAAGGGUUUGAUCCUAUUCACAUUAGUGGUUAUAAAAAAACCUUGUUAUGGCAGUGUGCACCUUAUGAACUAUAUUAGGACCAGUGGUUGGCUGGUUGGUUGGUUUUCAUUUGAAGGUGUUAUUAAAAAAAUCUGUUACGUUAUGAGUUAAAUUCAGUCAAGUGCAGUUCAGUGCCUGCAUGCAGAAGAAACCCCACAAGGUAUAAUGAAGCCCUGUUCUCUCGCUCCCCAACCGCAACACACACAGAUGGGUGCAGAUGCAUCAUGAAACUUGGCACCUGCAGAGGACCUGAGGCCUAAACACACCUGCUUAAUCCAGGAAUGUACUGAGUUCUCGUUCUCUAACUGAGUGGAUAUGGCUAUCUAGCUGGGACUUCGGGAGACACGACACAGGCCCUCCCAUUCACCACAAUGACCUUGUGUGGUAUCUGUUGAUGUGCUCGUAUAUAUUAUGCCUGCAGACAGUGGAAGGAGGAAGCAGGACUCUGGCCCUCCUGUAGCUGUGCCUCUACACUGCACUCCUUGUGGACUGGAUUGAAACUUGUAUGUGGAGAAGCUAAAAUGAAAUUGUGCAUAAAUGCCUUGAUGUGUUUGGGAAAUGAAUCCAGUCACUGGAAGAAAUGCAUAGUUUAAUGUCCGUAUUUCACAAGUUGUAGGUACAAACUACCACGUGCCUGUUUAGAGGCUACUUUUGUAAAGUUUAUUUUGAACACUGGAGUUAGUAUUUAUUUCUUGACUCGGCAAGUUCAAUCCUUCAAACUAGAAGGUUCUGAGGUCGUUAGCUCUUGCAUACGUUGAAAUAAAUGAAGACUAUAGCAUUGUG